UGUAAAUCAAACGUUUGGCUUUACCCAUUUCGCUUUGUAAUAAUUUAAAUUAUACAGCAAUUCUGUGCAUGUUGUAUUACAGACUCAUUACGUUGGCAGGAAUUAAACGCGAUGGGGUCCGGAGAGAGCACGUCAAGGAGAGUUUCUUUCGGCCUAGAUGAGGAUGACAGAGUCAGGAUUCUGCGUGGAGUCAAGCUUUCUGAAGAUGUUUUGCAGCGCAUGAGGAAUCAAAGUCAAACUCCUGAUCCAAGACCACCUGCCCAGACUAAAGAAAACUUAGGCCAGGAGACUCGGACUUCCAGCGCCUCUGACGCUCCACCACCAGAAUCUCAGCCGAGGACUUUUGCUGACAGUAAAGAGGAGCUCAGAAAGAGGUAUGAACAGCAGCAGGCCAUUAUACAAGAGGAGUUGGCUCGCGUCGCACACAACGAGAGAGAGGCAGCGCGUCAGGACAUCACUCGAGCGGUGCAGAGAGAGAGAGCACAGACGCGGCAGGAGUCAGAGAAAGCCAAACAGCUGGGGAAACAGCUGGACAAGAAGGAGGCGGAGCUAAAGGCCCUGAAUGCUUUCUACAGGGAGCAGAUUGCACAGCUAGAGAAGAAGAAUGAAGAGCGAUUCAAGAUGUCCGCCGAACAGUUCCACACCGCUGCGGCCCGAAGUGAAGCCAAUAUAAAGCCACGUAACAUGGAGCCCGUGUGCACGAACCUGCAGGCUCAGAUCCUGAACUGUUACAGAGAGAACCGCACACAGACACUUCAGUGUUCAGACCUGGCCAAAGAGUACAUGCAGUGCAUCAAUGCUGCCAAGAAGAAUCUGUUGGUGAAUCACGGUUAAGGAACGGCGCCGUCUUACCUGUCGCUCUCAUUCAUCUGUGCGUCUGGUUUUACGGAUCGCUUCGUCUUCAGCUUUUCUACCCAAUUACCAUCUGAUCCCGUGGCUCCCGGUCGCACUACAGUGUACUGAACAGGCUAUAUGUUACAGGACGCAACGAGUGAUUCAUUAUCUUCAACAGCACUGAGAAUGAGACUGAAGACAUGCAAGGCUUGAUCUUUUUAUAAGAGUGUACUCAGGAAAUCCUGACGCUUUUAUUUGUCAGGAUUUUAUUUAUGCAUUGUAUUUCAUUAAACCACAUCUUCAUCAAUGGAGAACUGUUAGCGGUGCGUCUUUAUUUUUCCUUUGCUCAACCACAUGUUGUUCCAGACUUGUAUACUCUUUAUUUUGUAUAAAAAAAAUGUAAAGGUCCAGUGUAUUAAAUUUAGCGGCAUCUAGUGGCGAAUUGCUACCAACGGCUCACUCCACCCCUCUGCCCUCCCUUUCGAACACUACGGCGGCUCUAACUGGACAAAGAUGUCGUCAUGUUUUUGCUUUUUUUGCUGAAGGAGAUAAAGUGUCAUUGUUUCAGACGUUAUUAUUGUACUGUGAGACUUAAAGGGGUCAUGUGACACGGCUAAAACGAAUAUUAUCGUUUGUUUUAGAUGUAAUGCAAUGUGCACACACAAUUUAAGGUUGAAAAACGCUGUAUUUUCCACAUACCGUGCAUGUUUGUAUCCCCUCUUUGCCCCGCCUCUCUGAAACGCACAUGCUCGCCUUUAUGCGAACAGCAUAUGGAUUCGCAAGAACAUAGAUUUUCAUUUUCGACUGAAUUAUUUCUCAAAUCAAGCCACAUUAAUGUUUUUGAACAGAACAAAAAGCAGCGAUCGCAUUGACUGUAACCUAUUUUCAUGAUAUCGUUUGCAGCGAGAAGAGAGAUACAGACGUGAUUGAUCUGCGAGCGGCGACACGCUUUUGGUGUCAUACACACAAACACACGCGACUUCAAUUUGUUGCUUUUGACAUGGUCGGGUCUCCCAUGUGAGCUCAGGCAAUUAUGGCGAGAUGGCAUCACACACACAACCCUCAAUUAUCCGGCUGACACACACAGCAUCUCCACGCUCGGUUCAGAUGGUGUCAGAAUACACACACCUCUCUGUCAGACCUAAUAAGGUUCUCAAUCCAUGCUCGCAGGAUUGACUUGGGAAUUACCU